AUCUUUCAAGUACCUUCUUCACACACACACACCAAAUAAUUCUUUUUUCAGAACCCAAAACCACUGUCAUCAUCACCGUCAAACCAUUUCAUUUCAAUUCCACCACAAAAGCUUACAAACACAAAGUGUCUCAUCACUUCUUUCCAAGACAACAAGAUCACACACAAUUCAGUCGCUUCCUUUUCCCUUAAGAUCAUCUUCAAUUUCCCAUUCUUUCUUUCUUUCAUACACACACACGCACAUCAAGUGUUCGAUGUAAUGUUUGCAUCGAAUUUGGAUCAAUCUGGUGCUGGUUAUGCUCAAAAAUGAAGUCAAUGGCGGCGUAUAAAGAAUUCAGGUGUAAAAGGGUGUAGAUACUACUUAAAACGGUAUUCUGGACUUAUGGAUUAAGUAUAGCAAGAAUUGACUGGUACUAGAUUGGUCAAACCUGAAGAUUUAUGAUACUGCUAUUUUCAUGCACAAAGUGGGGCUCUGGCAAUCAUGCGUCCGCUCCUCACUCUUGGGUGCCUUUCCUUGUGCAUUUUUGCCGGGCAUAUAUUUGAAAUUGCGUUUUCUCUGAGUUCCGAGCGGUACCAAAGAGAUUCUGGAUUGUUUCCAAGUAUUGAUUCUGAAAUUACGACUUUGCCAUUGACAUAUAAUGAGAUCACUUGUGAAGAGUUGGGGGGUGUGGGGUCAUUCGACACUACCUGCUUACUGAACUCGGAUGUUAAUAUAAGUUCUGAUCUUUAUGUAUUAGCUACUGGAAAUAUGGAGAUCCUUCCUCAUGUUUUGAUCGUUUGCCCCAUCGAAGGUUGCGUAAUUAGCUUUAAUCUCUCCGGCAACAUUAAAGUCGGACAAUAUUCUGCAAUCAUCGCCGGUUCCAUUAUUUUCUCUGCGGCCAAUGUGAGUAUGGACUCUAAUAGUUUAAUAAACACUACGGCUAUGGGUGGAGCACCGCCUUCCCAAACUAGCGGCACUCCGGUAGGGUUUGACGGUGCUGGUGGGGGGCAUGGUGGCAGAGGGGCGUCUUGUAUACGGAAAAACGAUUCAACGAAUUGGGGUGGGGAUGUUUAUGCUUGGUCUACUUUGCCUUAUCCAUGGAGUUACGGGAGUAAAGGUGGUAGGAUGUUAGAUGAACAUACGUAUGGAGGUAACGGUGGUGGACGUGUCAAGCUUAUUGUGAAGGAUGUUUUGUAUAUGAACGGAUCUCUGCUAGCGGAAGGAGGAGAUGGUGGACUAAAUGGUGGAGGUGGAUCCGGUGGAAGCAUUGUCAUAAAGGCUUUAAAACUGAAGGGAUAUGGUAUCGUAAGUGCGUCAGGCGGCAACGGGUGGGGUGGUGGUGGCGGCGGCAGAAUAUCUCUCGACUGUCACAGCAAGCAAGAAGAGAUAAAAGUAAAAGUCCAUGGUGGUGAGAGCAUUGGUUGUCCAUUGAAUGGCGGAGCAGCUGGCACUUGCUUCGAUUCAUAUCUAUUGAGCUUAAGAGUUGACAAUAACAAUGUCAGCACGGAAACCGAAACCCCUUUACUUGUUUUCUCCACUAGCCCACUCUGGACAAAUGUUUACAUUGAAAAUGAUGCAAAAGUUUUGGUGCCCCUGCGUUGGAGCAGAGUUCAGGUGAGAGGCCAAAUUAAACUAGCUUGUGGUGGCAGCAUCAGCUUUGGGUUGUCUGAUUAUCCAGUUUCUGAAUUUGAACUUGUUGCCGAAGAACUUCUUAUGAGUGAUUCCAUCAUAAAGGUGUACGGUGCACUUAGAGCCACUUUCAAAAUGGUGCUCAUGUGGAACUCCCAGAUCCAAGUUGAUGGUGGUGGCAGCACACUUUACACUAUUUCGGUCCUUGAAGUUCGUAAUCUUAUUGUUCUGCGGGAAAACUCAAGCAUCAACUCAAAUACAAACUUGGCUGUUUAUGGUCAAGGACUUCUGAGGUUGAGCGGUCAGGGUGAUGCAAUCAAAGCGCAAAGACUUUCCCUUUCACUUUUUUACAACCUUAUUGUUGGACCGGGUUCUUUGCUUGAAGCUCCAUUAAAUGAUGAACAGAGUAAAAGCAUGGUAACAAAAUCCCAUUGCGAGAAUCCAACAUGCCCAAGAGAUUUGAUUUAUCCCCCUGACGAUUGUCAUGUUAACGACACACUUUCGUUUUCACUACAAAUUUGCCGUGUUGAAGACAUAGUUGUGGAUGGCAUAGUUAAAGGGAGUAUCAUUCAGAUACAUAGAGCAAUGAGUGUCAUCGUCAACACAGAAGGCAUGAUAACCGCUUCUGAGUUAGGUUGUCGAAAUGGUUUCGGUUUGGGUAACUAUUCAAAUGGUGCUGGCGGUGGUGCUGGGCAUGGGGGCAGAGGGGGUACUGGGUUGUACCAUGGAAGGUUGAGUGAAGGUGGUAGCGUUUAUGGUAAACCGGAUCUUCCCUGUGAGUUAGGAAGUGGAACUCUUGGCCCUAAUGAGUCUGUUGGUCGGGUUGCUGGUGGAGGAAUGAUCGUGAUGGGAUCUAUUCUAUGGCCUCUUACAAACCUUGACAUAUAUGGAUCCAUGAGGGCCGAUGGUCAAAGCUAUGGGAAUGCUACCACAAACAGUAACGGUACUCUAAUUGGAGGAUUAGGCGGUGGCUCUGGUGGAACCAUUCUUCUUUUCAUACAAUCGAUUUCCCUACAUGAUAACUCCUCUUUGUCUGUUGCCGGAGGCCAUGGUGUCCCUCUUGGUGGCGGCGGGGGAGGCGGCGGAAGACUUCAUUUUCACUGGUCCAAAAUUGGCGCUGGAGAUGAAUACGUUCCUCUUGCAAUGGUAAAUAGUACCAUCAUCACGAGGGGCGGUGAAGGGGAUGGAGAGGCUCUCCCUGGAGAGGAUGGUACAAUGAGUGGAAAGGACUGCCCGAAAGGGCUUUAUGGUACGUUUUGUGAGGAAUGUCCAGUUGGCACUUAUAAAGAUGUUGAAGGCUCCGAUGAGGAUCUUUGUGCUCCUUGUUCCCUUGAAAAACUUCCCAGACGUGCAUCUUUUGUACAUGUCAGAGGUGGAGUGUCGGAGUCAUUUUGCCCAUACAAAUGCAGAUCCGAAAAGUACAGGAUGCCAAACUGCUAUACGGCUCUUGAAGAGUUGAUAUACACAUUUGGAGGACCCUGGCCUUUUGCUCUUAUGCUAUCUUGUGUCGUGAUUUUUCUUGGUGUUCUUUUAAGUACCCUUAGAGUCAAACUUGUCGGUCAAGCUUUCUCUUAUGACAAAGUGGAUUCAGUUCAACACACGAACCACCACCAUUUUCCUUCUCUUCUUUCCCUAUCUCAGGUCCGAGGAACAAGAGGCGAUGAAACUCAGAGCCAUGUCUACCGAAUGUACUUUAUGGGCCCCAAUACGUUUAGAGAACCCUGGCAUCUUCCUUACUCCCCUCCUGAUGCAAUCAUUGACAUUGUAUAUGAAGAUUCAUUUAACAGAUUUAUCGACGAGAUAAACUCAGUUGCGGCAUAUGAUUGGUGGGAAGGAUCGGUCCACAGCAUACUUUCGUUGCUUGCGUACCCUUGUGGCUGGUCCUGGAAACAGUGGCGUAGAAAAUACAAAAUCAAUCAGCUUCAGGAGUUUGUUAAGUCUGAAUAUGAUCAUUCUUGUCUCCGUUCUUGCCGAUCAAGAGCUUUAUACAAAGGGAUGAAGGUUGGGGCGACCCCAGAUUUAACGGUUGCAUACAUCGAUUUCUUCUUAGGUGGUGAUGAGAAGCGGUUAGAUAUCGUAGCAAGUAUUCAGAAAAGGUUCCCAAUGUGCAUUAUUUUUGGUGGAGAUGGAAGCUACAUGGCGCCUUACAAUCUUCAUAGUGAUACUUUGCUGACAAAUCUUAUAGGACAGCAUGUUCCUUCUUCUGUUUGGAAUCGUUUGGUGGCUGGUUUAAAUGCGCAAUUGAGAACUGUGAGAAGUGGAUCACUACGGUCUUCUUUAGUUCCUGUUAUUAAUUGGAUAAAAACUCAUGGGAAUCCCCAGCUUGACUUUCAUGGAGUCAAAAUUGAGCUCGGGUGGUUUCAAGCCACCGCUAGCGGUUUCUAUCAGUUGGGUAUUUUGGUAAUUGUUCUUGAUGAUUCUUUUCACAGCCUACACCUCCCUGAUUUGGUAGAAAACAGUGAAGAAUCACCAAGGCAUAUUGCAGGGAAGACUGUCAAGCAGCUGCAACCGAGUCAAUCACACGCAAGUCAAUCAUUAAAUCGUAAAAGGGUAGCAGGUGGAGUUAAUGGUGGUAUCAUCAAUGAUGUUUCUUUGAAGUCGUUGGAAUUUCGAAGGGAUUAUUUCUUUCCAUUUUCCUUAUUUUUGCACAACACCAGACCUACUGGCCGGCAGGAUACCUUACAGCUGCUGAUAUGUGUGUUGCUUUUAUCGGAUCUCUCGGUCACACUCCUAAUAUUGGUUGAAUUCUAUUGGAUCUCUCUUGGGGCGUUUUUAGCUGUUCUGCUUAUUCUCCCUUUAUCAUUGCUUUCUCCCUUCCCCGCGGGUUUAAACGCAUUGUUCAGUAGAGGUCAUAGAAGGGCUUCACUUGCUCGGAUCUAUGCACUCUGGAACGCUACUUCUCUUUCGAACAUUGCUGUUGCAUUCACAUGCGGCAUGAUUCAUUAUGGAUUUUUGUCGUUCCAGAUGUAUGAUGAGCCCAACACAUGGGAAAACAGGAGUGAGGACGAGGACUGGUGGUUGUUACCGACCCUGCUGGUGAUAUUCAAGGUGAUACAAGCGCGGUUUUUUGACUGGCAUAUAGCAAACUUAGAAAUUGAAGAUUUCUCGCUCUUUUGUCCCGAUCCCGAUACCUUUUGGGCGUAUGAGGCGGGUUUAUGAUGACGCCCACACUUUUUGCAGAUGGCAGCUUCUUUGAUGUAUAUAAAUGUCAAAAAGAGGCGGUAUAUUUGUGUACAUGUUUGCUAGUCUUUUUUUUUUUUUGAUGUUUUGAGAGUAAUGUUAAAGAUAGAUAGGUUGAUGGUAUAUAGAGAUCAGAGGGGGAGAAGUUAUAAGAUUGCUGUGCAGUAGAUUACUUAAAAGUGUGUUUCUUAAAAAUAUAUAUACUCAGAUAUGUUGAUUUUGAAAGUAUGUUCUUUAAAAGGUACAAA